AUUCGGCAUCCACCAGGCGACACCACUGAACAGCGCAAGCUCAUUCCUCUUGACUGAUCAAACAGCAUGGCUCAGAUUAUUGUAUUGAACCAGAACACGAAAAGAGAGUCAGGACGAAAAGUCCAACUCGGAAAUAUCGGAGCAGGAAAGGCUAUAGCUGAUGUGAUUCGAACAUGUCUGGGACCAAGAGCUAUGUUAAAGAUGUUGAUGGAUCCAAUGGGUGGUAUUGUUAUGACAAAUGAUGGAAAUGCCAUACUUAGAGAGAUAAACGUUCAACAUCCAGCAGCUAAAUCUAUGAUAGAAGUUGCUAGAACACAAGAUGAAGAAACGGGAGAUGGUACUAAAUCAGUCAUUAUACUUGCUGGAGAAGUUCUAUCUGUAGCAGAACAAUUUUUAGAACAACAAAUGCACCCUACUGUUAUUAUAUCGGCCUAUAGACAAGCAUUAGAAGAUAUGUUGGACCUAGUCCGUGAUAAAGUCAGUGUCCCUGUUGAUGUUACAAAAAGAGAAGAAAUGUUAAAAAUUAUUAAAAGUUGUUUAGGUACAAAGCUUAUUAGUAAAUGGAUGGAUUUAGCCUGUAAAAUUGCCCUGGAUGCCACAUCUACUGUUGCUGUUGAGGAAAAUGGUCGUAAAGAGAUAGACAUCAAACGAUAUGCUAAAGUUGAAAAGAUUCCAGGAGGGUUUUUGGAAGAUUCUGAGGUGUUACGGGGCGUUAUGUUGAACAAGGAUGUGACACAUCCUAAAAUGAGAAGGAGAAUAGAAAAUCCAAGAAUUAUUUUAUUAGACUGUUCUUUAGAAUAUAAAAAAGGAGAAAGUCAGACAAAUAUAGAAAUAUCCAAAGAAGAAGAUUUUUCGAAAAUCUUGAAAUUGGAAGAAGAAUAUAUUGAGAAGAUCUGUAAUGAAGUUAUACAAUUUAAACCAGAUUUAGUUUUUACAGAGAAAGGCGUGUCUGAUCUAGCUCAGCAUUAUUUUGUUAAAGCUGGUAUCAGUGUUAUUCGACGUGUUAGAAAAUCAGACAAUAACAGAAUUGCCAGAGCUGUUGGUGCAACUGUAGCUAAUAGAACAGACGAAUUACGUGAUGAAGAUGUAGGAUUGGGUUGUGGUUUAUAUGAAAUCAGAAAAAUAGGUGAUGAAUAUUUCACAUUUUUGGUUGAAUGUAAAAAUCCAAAGGCUUGUACUAUUUUACUGCGAGGAGCUAGUAAAGAUGUUUUAAUGGAAGUAGAAAGAAAUCUACAAGAUGCUAUGAAUGUAGCUAGAAAUGUAAUGGUGGAACCAAGAUUAGCACCGGGUGGCGGGGCAACAGAAAUGGCCUUAGCUCAGGCAUUAAAUGAAAAGGCUAAGAGUAUCACUGGAAUUCAUCAGUGGCCAUACAGAGCUGUAGCUAGAGCCCUUGAAGUGAUACCAAGAACUUUAAUUCAAAACUGUGGGGCUAGUACAAUUAGAACAUUAACAGCUUUAAGAGUAAGCUAA